AUGCGAGGCCACGUUUUCCUUGCAAGCGAAAACCACGAGGUUCGGAAACGUAAUGUCGCCUUGCAUAGAGCAAACACCAUGCAUUCCAGACCAGAAUCUGAGACGCCAGGCAAACAUUUCGCUAUUGGCGCUCAGACGAUAUGCAAAGAAGCCAACGAGAGAUCAACCGACAUUCUCGAAACCCGCAUGGGAGUGCGAAUCGACCUCCUCGUUACAGCACGAAUGUCUCUGGGAAGCCGUGUCGCUCAUGUGAUCCUCGGGGACCCCAUACCAAAAUCCUUCACCUCCUGGAAAUGUGUUGUUACACCCGUGUUGUUGCACAAGCUGCUUGUGUGA